AUGGCUGACAUGGAUUCGUCCAUAGAUCAACGAAAAAGGGUUCUUCUUUUACAUCGAAUUCUAGCAGAAAAAAGAAGAAGGAUAUUAACACAACAUGCUUUGCUUUCAUAUCAUGAAGAAAUAUGGAAACGCAUUCAUAUGCUCCUCCUUAUCUUGUGCAUUUCGACCAACUCUCGAAACUCCAACAGAAUGGUCGCUCGAUCUUGCCGCCGUGUCAUAAGAAAUACUGGUUGGUGGGCCAACCUUUGGAAUACAUACUCACAUGCAAGAUUUAAGAAACUUUUUCGAGUAUCCAGAGGUCUUUUUUUCUUUAUUCUUGUGCGUAUCUGACAUGUUUUGGUAAGAGAUACAGUUUGCAAGGAGCCCAAUACGCUUGAACUUUCCGAUAAAUCCGACUCUGGACUGAUUUCGAGUUGCUCAGGCUUUCAUCUUCGUACUCUGACUUCAAGCUCAUCUGACAUCCCUACGAGCAUAGGUACUUCUCCAAGCCGUCAUUUUCCAAAAUCUGAAACAAAUCUAAGCAUGCGUUUCACGUUAUCCCACUGAGAAAGUAUUCGGGGCCACAUUGCCAUAAUGCAUGCAUUAGGUUUCGCUUUAAUUUCACUCUACAUUUGCAAACGUCGAACUUAAGGUUACUUCCCACCUUCGCGGGCGUCCUUCGGGAAAAUAUUCGUACGCGCGCUAGUUUCACUAAAUUCCUGGCAAAUUAUAUAUCAGAAGAAAGCUUAAUAACUGCAGUUUACGAUAAAAAUAUGAUUUAAGCGACAUUUGUUUUAGGGAAGUGAUAAGGAGCCGGUAAGGCGUGAAACGACCGAAGGUUCUUCUAUUGAAUUUAUCGGGUAUCGGAUGCCACAGCACGAACAAAAUGACUGCACAGUCUUAUUCACAAGGCAUUAA